AUUGACAGAUAUAUCGUCUUGCUUAUUCCAUAUUAUACUACUUAAUAUCUAAGAAAUAAAGCACUGAUCUAUAUUCCUGUAGAUCAGUAUUACGCAACUAUCUCGACAAGUAAUCAUUUGUAAAUACUUCAUUAUUUAUCUCAUGUUUUAUUAUUUUGCAUUUGGAAGUAAUUUAUUAAAAGAACGUAUACAAUUAUCAAAUAAAUCUGCUCAAUAUGUUGGUAUUGGAGUAUUAGAAGAUUAUGUUUUAUCCUUUGGCGGAUUAAGUAAUAAUUGGUUUGGAGCUACUGCAACAAUUAAACCAUCACCUUCUGAAUAUGUUAUGGGUACUGUAUGGAAAAUGUGUAUGAAUGAUAUGAAAACAUUAGAUUUACAAGAAUCUGCUCCAAUAAUGUAUCGUCCAAUUGAAAUACCAAUUAAUCUUUUCUCUGAAAAAUCUUCAAUUAUUAAUUGUAGAAGUUAUAUAUUAAAUUCAUCUGAAUCCGGAGAUCCAUCUCCAUAUUAUUUAGAUAUAAUAAUUCGUGGAGCUAUUCAAUCUCAACUUCCUCAAUCAUAUAUUGAUCAAUUAAAGAAAAUUAAACAUAAUGGAUAUUUAGGAAAAUGCAAUCUGUAUAUGAAUAUUCUUAACAAUAUACCAAUAUCUGAGCGUUAUAUGUACCAUAUAUCAGAUCUAAAUAGAUUACAAUUAGAAUAAAUAUAUACUAUUUUCGUA